UCUACCGCCUUACAUUGGCGCAAGGUAGUGCCAAUUAGAAUGCGUCGCCAGCCUUCCCGGCGUUUAUUGGGUAAUGUUGCGUGUCAUUCACAUGGAGGCCCAUCCCAUUUGGUGCCCUGUCCGGGGUGCGGAGCGGUUGAAGAGCGGCGCGACACGUUGUUCCCUGGGAGUUGUAGUCCCUGCGGCCUCACAGCGGUCGCGCGUCCUGGUUUCAGAACUACAGCUCCCAGGAAGCACUGCGCCGCCGGGCUCCUAUGUAACAGCUGAGAGCCCCGGGGCGCUGUGACAAGCCGCAACCAGAACGGAACCCUUGUUUAUUUCAACGCGGAAGUAGUGACCUUUUAAAUCUUUUUUGCUGGGUGCCGGGGGUCAGGUCUUCUUGGAAAUAAUGCAAUGCAAAAGAAUAAGAGGGAGGACAAUAAAAUAAGACGCCUUAUGCCGAGGGAAAGGUUGCGCGGCUUCUCGGGGCUGGAGAUCCGGCGAACAGCACAAGCCUUUCAUUAAACCAGCCCCAGGACUCAAUGGCCAGCCCGGUGCAUGGAUGCACAAGUCGGGAUUUUCUGCAAUGGAGCCAGCAGCGAUGAAUUGCACCGGGUCCCCAGCUGCAGAGGCGCCCUCGUGCAAUGGGGACCCACAGAGGCAAGCGCCGCAGCCGGCUGCCCCCGGCUUCUGGACGGCGGUGUUCGACUACGAGUCGACGGCGGAUGAGGAGCUGACCCUGCGCCGGGGGGACCUGGUCGAGCUGCUGUCCCAGGACUCCACCGUGUCCGGCGACGAGGGCUGGUGGACGGGCAAGAUCAAGGGCAAGGUGGGCAUCUUCCCCAGCAACUACGUGAGCAACCGGGCGCAGCUGAGCCGGGACCUGCCCUCCCCGCCGGUCAUCGACUUCGACGAGUUGCUCCUGGAGGAGAUCAUCGGCGUCGGGGGCUUCGGCAAGGUGUACAAGGGGCUGUGGAGGAACGACGAGGUGGCGGUGAAGGCGGCCAGGCAGGACCCGGACGAGGACAUCAGCGUGACGGCGGACAAUGUCCGUAAGGAGGCUCGGCUGUUCGGCAUGCUCAGGCACCCCAACGUCAUCCUGCUGAAGGGAGUGUGUCUGAAGGAGCCCAACCUGUGCCUGGUGAUGGAAUAUGCCCGCGGGGGAGCCUUAAACCGGGCUCUGGCCGGCAGGAAGGUGCCCCCUCACGUCCUGGUCAACUGGGCGGUGCAGAUCGCAAGAGGCAUGAACUACCUCCACAAUGAAGCCUUGGUCCCGGUCAUACACCGGGACCUGAAAUCCAGCAACAUUCUGAUCCUCGAGAAGACGGAAGAUGAUGACCUCACCAACAAAACCCUGAAGAUCACGGACUUUGGGUUGGCACGUGAGUGGCACCGGACGACCAAGAUGAGCGCGGCGGGCACCUACGCUUGGAUGGCGCCCGAGGUCAUCAAACUCUCCCUCUUUUCCAAGAGCAGUGACGUGUGGAGUUUCGGAGUCCUGCUGUGGGAGCUGCUGACAGGAGAGGUGCCGUAUCGGGAGAUCGAUGGGCUGGCUGUCGCCUACGGGGUGGCAGUAAACAAACUGACCCUUCCCAUCCCUUCCACCUGUCCCGAACCUUUCGGCAAACUCAUGGAAGACUGCUGGAACUCCGACGCGCACAGCAGGCCGUCCUUCAGGGGCAUCGUCUCCCAGCUCGUGGCCAUCGAGCAGUCGACCCUGUUCGAGAUGCCGCUGGACUCGUUCCACCUGCUGCAGGAGGACUGGAAGCUGGAGAUCGAGCAGAUGUUCGACGAGCUGCGGACGAAGGAGAAGGAGCUGCGGAGCUGGGAGGAGGAGCUCUCCCGGGCCGCAGUGCAGCAGAGGAACCACGAGGAGCUGCUACGCCGCCGGGAACAGGAGCUGGCCGAGCGGGAGAUCGACAUCGUCGAGCGGGAGCUCAACAUCAUCAUGCGGCAGCUUUACCAGGAGAAGCCCCGCGUCAAGAAGCGCAAGGGAAACUUCAAACGGAGCCGCUUGAAACUGCGGGACGGGAACCGCAUCAGUUUACCCUCAGGGUUUGAGCACAAGAUCACGGUGCAGGCCUCUCCCACGGUGGACAAGAGGAAGGGGCAGGGGCCCGCUGGUCUGAGCCCUCCUGGUAGUCCCCUCAUCAUCCCCAGACUCCGCGCCAUCCGCCGUAAGUCUCCCCGUGGUUCUCACCGCCCCAGUUAA